GUGGUCCUUAGGAAGCCAGGCAGUAAGUUUGUGUCUAGGUAGAUCCAAGUGGUGAGGAGUGGGACCUUUGUCGUGCACCUGACACCACCAUGGUCGACACCCGGGGCGGCACCUCCACCAUGCCGUACACAAAGGAGGAGGAGGCGAAGAUGGCCGCCAUCUUGCAGGAGAGGAAGGAGAAGAAGGAGGCCAAGAAGAAGGCCUUGAAGGAGGAGCAGGCGGCCAAAUUGAAGAAGAUAUAGGAAGAGAUGGCCAGAGAGAAGGAGAGAAUAAAGAAAGAAGAAGAGGAGAAGCCGAAAGAGGUGGAAGAGGAAGAAGAUGAGGGACCGCCACUAGAAAGAAGGAGAGGGCACCACAGUGGCAACAUGGAUGAUGAGAUGGAGAAACAGAUUUCAGAGUGGGUUGCAAACUUGUCCUUGGGAGAGGAGGAAGAAGUGACUAUGUAUAUCCCCAAAGAUGACCAGGAAGCCGCCCUGAAGAAAUGGGAAGCAGAAAGGGAUGUGCUAAAGCGACAGGCGAUGGAGGAUGAACAGAGGAUGGAGUGGAAACUCGCGAUGAUGAGAGAGAAGAAGAGAAGGGUGGAGGCGGCGAGUGAGGCGGUCAAGGAAUUAGAAGAAGUGCAGAAACUAAGCCUAAAGUUGACCCCUCAGGUAGACCUCGAACGAAAGGUAGAGAUCCUUGCCCAGAGCGUUGAGCGGUUAGCAAAGAUACAAGAGCAGCAGUACGAAUUUAGCCGAAGCCAGGACAUAGCUGUGCGCUCGAUGCAAAUGGGAUUCCGAGACUUUGCGCGUGAACUGAUAGGAGCCGAGGUGAAUCAUCGCCUCGAGAAGACAGAGCGUUUCUGCGUCGGCGCCAUUGAAGGCGUCAAAGUGGCAGCUCCCAAGGAGGAGGAACCAUGCCCGCCGCAUAGAGAGCUAGUCAAGGUCAAAUUCCCUGAUUCCUAUAGUGGGAAUAGGGAAGAGAACUUUGACAAUUGGGAAGCCAACGCGUAUUUCCGCCUAGAGAAAGAUAGGAAAGUGGAGAAGAUCCUCCACUCCCUGACUCUCCUCGUAGAAGACAGCCUCCCAUUUGAUAUUGUUCUGGGAAUGGAUUGGGGAGAGGCAGCUGGGGCCACGCUCCAUUUGAAGGAGCACGAGUGUAGGCUCCCUAGUUCGUCAGGCGAGGCCCAGACUGCCCGCCUGUUCCAUGUGUCAGGGGUAGAGAAUUCCUUGGCGCAUUGCUGCCUUAGUGCCCCCGUGUUCGCCAGACUGGUGAAAAGGGAGAAGUUGGAGGAACAGGUUUUUGUUGCCUAUGUUAGGCCAGUGACUGAGCCUACGGAAGAAAGGCCGAUGGACCCUGCGAUUGCCAAGCUGCUGGAAGAGUUUAGAGAUUUGACUGAGCCGCCGACAGGCACGGUGCCGCAGCCCAUCCAGCACCGUAUUGAGAUAGAGCCUGGCAGUAGAACUCCUAAGGGUGCUGUAUAUAGGAUGUCCCCGCGGGAGUUAGAGGAGCUUCGCAAGCAAUUAGACGAACUCCUGGAGAAGGGUUGGAUUAGGCCCAGUUCGUCUCCUUUCGGAGCGCCUGUYCUCUUUGUUCCUAAGAAAGAAGGAGAGCUGAGAAUGUGCAUAGACUAUAGGGGUCUGAAUGCUAUUACAGUGAAGAAUGCUGAGCCACUGCCUAGGAUAGACGAUCUCUUAGAUCGAGUGCAGGGGGCGAAGUAUUUCUCCAAGGUAGAUUUGAAGUCCGGAUAUCAUCAGAUAGAGGUGCAUCCUGAUGAUCAGUAUAAGACAGCCUUCCGGACUAGAUAUGGGCACUACGAGUUCAUAGUGAUGCCCUUUGGACUAACCAAUGCGCCAGCUACGUUCCAGCGCUGCAUGAACGAUUUGCUUAGGCCGUGGUUAGACAGAUUUGUUGUAGUUUACUUAGAUGACAUCUUAGUGUUUAGCCGGACCCUUGAAGAGCAUCAGGGUCAUCUCAGGCAGGUCUUGGAGAAGCUGAGGGAAGCUAACUUCAAGAUCAAUGCAAAGAAGUGUGAUUGGGCGAAGACCCAAGUUUUGUACCUAGGCCACGUCUUAGACGGAGACGACGUUAAGCCAGAGGAUAGCAAGAUCGCAGCGAUUAGAGAUUGGCCCACGCCACGUACGCUCACAGAGUUGCGCUCGUUCCUGGGCUUAGCUAAUUACUACUGGAAACCCGUAGAGUUCAUGUCUGCCAGGAUGCCGUCAGAGAAGGUCGCGACAUCUACCUAUGAGAGGGAACUCUACGCUCUCAGGCAAGCGUUAGACCAUUGGAAGCACUACUUGCUUGGGAGGCACUUCAAAGUCUAUUCUGACCAUGAAACGUUACGAUGGUUAAAGACGCACGCCAAGAUGACACCUAAGCUUACUAGGUGGGCCGCAGAGAUAGACCAGUACGACUUCGAGCUCAAGCCUGUCAAAGGGAAGUACAACGUAGUCGCGGAUGCUCUGAGUAGAAGGGCGGAUUACUUUGGGGCAAUAGUGCAUUAUCUUGAUAUAGGGAAGGACCUGCAGCAAAGGGUUAAAGAAGAGUACGCGCAGGAUCCUAUCUAUAGUGACCGCCUUAAGAAAGUCAAAGAGGCCCCAGAGACCGAGCCGAACUACCGCACUACUAAAGGGUUACUGUUUGAGAAGACUAAUGUCUUUGACCGGUUGUGCAUUUCCAUUGCGUAGAGUAUGUUCGCAGUUGUAAGGUUUGCCAGCGUAACAAGAGUUCUACGCGUGCCCCGCUA